AUGUUGAAGAUUCACAUGGGAGUGAGUAAAAAUCCGGGAGUGAGCCUCUACCAAGGAAAAGACCAACCUAAUAAAGGUAAAGGUAAAGGAAAAGGAAAGGGGAAACCAAAGGAUGGAAAGAAGGCAGUAUGUUAUGUAUGUGGCAACGAAGACCAUAUGUCUCCAAAAUGCCCAGACAGACUGCUACCAAAGACCCAAUGGAAGAAUCAGGAUCAAUAUGUUGACUAUGGGAAGAAGCUCAAUCUUAAUCAGAUUGGAGCAACUGUCCCAGCUACUGUUCCAGCCAUAGUUCCUGGAGCUUCAGCAUCCACAAGUGGAGCAUCAAGUGUUGCGGGAAGCGUUAACACACCUUUGCAACUUGCUGGUACUACAGGUAAUCAAAUGAUGCAAGUUCCUUCUGGAAUGCAGCUCAUGCAGAUUCCAACUCAAGGUGGCGGCACUGUUACUGUCCCUUAUUCUAUGUAUGCUAUCGCUGUGAAAACUGGAUAUUUUGAUACGUCAAAUGUCUUUCACGAUGCUAUCAAGGGAAAGGAUGAGAAUGGCAAUGAUGUCUAUCUUAUUCCAUGUCCUGCUGGUAUGACAAAUGUCGAACUUCAAGCCAACUGGCACUAUGCUAGUGAAGAUGAAGAUUUGCCUGAUUGUGCUACUGAAGCAGAUCGAGGUCUGCAGUUUAUUCAAAGCCACAGAAAGGAAAGAGAUCUAUUUGGGUUGUAUGAUCAUGUCAUCAUGGACAGUGGUUGUACAAACACCACCAUUUGUAAUGGUGAGCUUAUGCAUGGACUCCGUCAUGCUGAGAAAGAACUUGACAUGCACACUAAUGUGGGCAGCAGAGUUCUCGACGAAGAAGGUUUUCUAGGAAGCUUUCCACCUCCAGUUUAUCACGAUGAAGAUGGAAUUGCCAAUGUACUAACUAUGCGCGAGAUGAUUGUUGCGGGAUACCGUAUUACUAUGGAUACUGAUGCUGACAAUGCUUUUAUUGUGCAUUGUGAUGGAAACAGAAAGAUGCGAUUUGUUAAUUGUAGGAGUGGAUAUGCUGGACUCGAGAUGACCUCCAAGAUGGCAACCGUUCGAAAGAACAAGGAAGGAUUCACUCCAAGACAAGUCAAGGCUGCGAUGGAAGCGAGAAGUGCAAUGCACAUACUCAAUGCUCCA